ACCUGUCCACUUUGGGCGGGAAACUUCCUUGGUGAGUCACGGCUCGGCGUUGACGUCAUGACAUCGUGAGACCCGUAUGGAAAAGGCGGAAGUACACGGAAAACAACAUCAGCGACACCAGCGCCAGCAUGUCGCUGUUCGGAAAGUGGUUCGGCACCGGCGGCGGGGGUAAAAGCGGCAAGGGGCCCACACCCCAGGAGGCUGUCCAGAAACUCCGAGAGACCGAGGAGAUGUUGGCAAAAAAGCAGGAAUUCCUCGAAAAGAAAAUCGAGCAAGAAAUCAUGACGGCCAAGAAGCAUGGGAUGAAGAACCAGCGAGCGGCACUGCAGGCCCUGAAGAGGAAAAAACGCUACAGCAAGCAGCUGGAGCAGAUCGACGGCACACUGUCCACCAUCGAGUUCCAACGGGAGGCGCUCGAGAACGCCAACACCAACACGGAAGUGCUGAAGAACAUGGGCUUCGCCGCCAAGGCCAUGAAGGCCGCGCACAAAGAGCUGAACGUCGACAGCGUGGACGACCUGAUGUCGGACAUCAUGGAGCAGCAGGAGCUGGCGCAGGAAAUCACAGACGUCAUUUCCAAUCCCAUCAGUUUCGGCGAUCAAGUGGACGAGGAUGAGCUCAUGGCCGAGCUGGAGGAGCUGGAGCAGGAAGAGCUGGACAGGAAUCUGCUAGACGUGGAAGGAACGCCGGACGUCACCCUGCCCAGCGUCCCGGCCACAUCGUUGCCGUCCAGACCAGCCAGGAAGAAGGAGGAGGAAGACGACCUGGACAUGGCCGACCUGCAGGCCUGGGCCACCAACUAAACUCAAGCGGACCACCGUACCUCCAGCUGACAACCAUCCUGAAGUAUGCACUCAUACCGACCUCCCAUCAUGCAUAUUUUUCAGGUGGAAGCGGUCAAUGUGAACAAUGAACUCAUUUGUGUGCACAGGUGGUUCCAUCCAAAACCACAACAAGUCGUAAUAUUUGCCCUCCUUAUCGUUUGGAAAACAAAGAGAGAGAAAAAGGAGAAAAAAAAGAGAGAGAGACAUUUAGGUGACAAUGGAAGAUGCAGGAGCUGAUGUCCCGUUCUGACUUGUCGGGAAGUUUUAUAAUCUCGCGCUUCAAACUGUGCUGUUCAAUAAACAGGACCAAGCCGCCAAAAAAA